GAAAAAUAUCUUACGCAGCUGUCUAGGGUUUUUGCCUCUCUCCAAUCUAAACCUAGCAGUCGCUUCUUCUCAAAUUCUCCAUGGGCAAGUCCGGAAAGAAGUCCGCCACCAAAGUUGAAACAGCACCUGCUGUGAUCAAGGCCACGAAACCUUUGAAGAAAGGUAAGAGAGAGCCUGAAGAUGAUUUGGAUACCAAAGUGAACCUAAAGAAGCAGAAGAAAGACGUGAUUGCUGCCGUUCAAAAGGAAAAAGCUGAGAAGAAGGUGCCUAAGAAGGUGGAGAGCUCCGAUUCAUCGGAUUCCUCAGAUUCUGACGAAGAGGAGAAGGCUAAGAAAGUUCCUGCUAAGAAGGCUCCUGCUAAGGCCGCUUCUAGCAGUGAUGACUCAUCUGAGGAAGCUUCUUCUUCAGAUGAUGAACCUGCACCAAAGAAGGCUGUUGCUGCUACCAACGGAACUGUUGCAAAGAAACCAAAAGAUGACUCAUCUUCUGAGGAAGAAUCUUCAGACGAGGAAGUAGCUCCUACCAAGAAGCCAGCUGCAGCUGCCAAAAAUGGCUCUGUGAAGGCCAAGGCAGAGAGCUCCUCAUCUGAGGAAGAAUCGUCUGAUGAGGAACCUGCAACGAAAGCUAAGCCAGCUGCUGAAGAUUCAUCCUCAGAGGAUGAAUCAGAAGAUGAAUCUGAGGAUGAGAAGAAACCUGCUGCUAAAAAGGCAGCUACUACCAAGGCUGCAAGCAGUUCAGAUUCAUCUGAGGAAGAUUCUGAUGAGGAAAGUGAGGAUGAAAAACCUGCAGCGAAAAAGGCUAAAGCAGAUACCAAAUCCUCUAAAAAGGAGAGCAGUAGUGAUGAGUCUAGCGAUGAUGAAUCAGAGAGUGAAGAUGAGAAAGAAACCCCGAAGAAAAAGAACUCUGAUGUAGAAAUGGUGGACGCUGAGCAGAAAUCUGCAAAACAGCCAAAGACACCAUCAACUCCUGCUACAGGAGGAUCCAAGACACUCUUUGUUGCCAAUCUCUCAUUCCAAGUUGAAAGAUCAGAUGUUGAAAAUUUCUUCAAAGAGGCUGGCGAAGUUGUUGAUGUUAGGUUUGCUAUGUCAAAAGAGGAUGGUAGUUUCAGGGGCUUUGGCCAUGUUGAAUUUGCUAGUGCUGAAGAAGCACAGAAGGCGCUGGAGUUUCAUGGUAGACCUUUGCUCGGUCGUGAUAUUCGUCUUGAUGUCGCUCAAGAGAGGGGCGAGAGGCCUGCAUACACUCCACAAAGCGGAAACGCCGGUGGUAACUUCAGAAGCGGUGGUGGUGAUGGCGGUCAAACUAUUUUCGUCAAGGGAUUUGACUCUUCUCUUCCUGAGGAAGAUAUCAAGAGCGCAUUGAGUGAACAUUUUGCAUCAUGUGGAGAGAUCACAAGGGUUUCUGUUCCCAUGGACCGUGAGACCGGUGCUUCCAAAGGAAUUGCUUACAUUCAAUUUCAAGAAACUGCGGAGAAGGCGUUUGAACUUACUGACAUGGGAGGAUGGAAUCUUGUUGUUGAUGAGGCUAAACCGAGGGAAAACAGUGGUGGAUUCGGUGGUGGAAGAAGUGGUGGAAGGAGUGGCGGAUUCAGUGGUGGAAGGAGUGGUGGAUUCAGUGGUGGAAGGAGAGGAGGUAGAGGAAGAGACGGUGGUGGCCGUCGUGGUGGUAGAGGAAGAGACGGUGGUGGUCGGUUUGGUGGAAACCGACCUAGUUUCACUCCCUCAGGCAAGAAGACUACCUUUAACGACGAGUAGAAGCUUCUGUAGAAGAAAAGGCUCUUCUUAUUAUGCUCUUAGCUUGUGAUACUACUUCGCAUCUUCUUAUUGUUUCUGUUUUUUUUUUUUUUUGUUCUAGUUAAGCUAUGUCUCUGAACCUUAAAUUUUUGUCUGAAUGUUAAAGUAAAGCUCAGUUUUGAGUGCUUUUGGUGGUGUUAAAUCAUAUUGCAUCUUCGUU